UUCGAUUCCUCGAUUGGUUUGUCAGUAGGCAAUUUGUUUGUGUGUUCGUUGUUAUUUUUUUAUGAACGUACUUUUGUAAAUGGUGAAUAGUCGCGGAGUUCCGGCGUUUCAGAUUUUUAGUAAAUCAAGUUUGAAAGAAUGAUAAAAAAUAAUAUAGAAAAGUAAUUUUAAAUAUCAAACCACUGAUUAUGUUAUAAUAUUCGUAUUAUUUGUUAAUAAUGGUGAAAGAUGAGCGUAAAUCUCGGUCAUUCUCUGUUUAGUUCAUUGUCUUAAUCAGGUGUUGUGUGAAAUGUGAUCUAGUGCAUCGUUUUCGAAGAUUUUUGAAGCUACAGCAGGUGGAGACUGGCAACCAUGUCUGCAGAUGAGUCCAGUGUACGUGUUGCAGUCAGAAUCCGACCGCAGACACCUGGCGAGAUCCUCGAAGGAUGUGGCGUAUGUGCACGCGCGGGGGGUGCGGCAGGUGAGGGGGGUGUCGCACUAGGCACCGAACGAGCCUUCACCUUCGACUUUGCCUUUGAGCCGGUCACCGCCCAGCAGCAAGUAUACGACACCUGCGUCAGGAAGCUAGUCGAAUCAGCGCUUGAUGGCUACAACGCCACUGUUCUCGCCUAUGGACAGACGGGCUCUGGGAAGACGUAUACUAUGGGCAGCGGAUGGGAAGGCGAGGGGGACGGAGACGAGGAUAGGCGCGGCAUCAUCCCACGCGCCAUCCGCGACCUGUUCGCUGGCGCCGACCAGCGGGCCGAGGAUGCGCGUGCGCAAGGACACCUGCCGCCAGAGUUCUCCGUGCAGGCUCAAUUCAUAGAGCUGUACAAUGAAGAUAUAGUGGACCUGCUUGACCCUGCAAAAGAUCCGUUUGCAAAGGGAGCUCUAAGGAUAACAGAAGACGGUUGCGGCGGAGUACGCAUCGUAGGGGCGUCGAUGCGGGCAGUCAGAAAUGUCACCGAAGCAUUAGGAGCGCUAAGAGCGGGUGCCCUCGCCAGAACCACUGCUGCUACUAAUAUGAACUCAUCCUCCUCAAGGUCACACGCAGUGUUUACACUAUUAAUGCGUCAAAGAAGACUAGCAGCCGAUAUGGAGGUCCAAGACAGAGAAGCAGACGCCGAAGCACCUGAACAAUACGAGACACUCACAGCGAAGUUUCAUUUCGUAGAUCUGGCAGGAUCAGAAAGGCUUAAGCGUACUGGCGCAACAGGAGAACGUGCUAAAGAAGGAAUAUCGAUAAACUGCGGAUUACUCGCUCUCGGUAACGUGAUAUCAGCACUGGGCGACAAAUCUCGCAAAGUACUACACGUGCCAUACAGAGACUCGAAGCUAACGCGACUGCUACAGGACUCGCUCGGAGGGAAUAGCAACACGGUAAUGAUAGCAUGCGUAUCUCCAAGUGAUCGAGACUUCAUGGAAACUCUGAAUACGUUGAAGUACGCGAACCGCGCGAGGAACAUCAAGAACAGGUGCGUCGUGAACCAAGAUCUGACAUCGCGCACCAUACACCAGUUGCGACAGGAGGUGGCCAGACUACAGCUCGAACUCGCUGAAUAUAAGCAGGGCAAACGUAUCAUAUCAGAAAACGGCGAAGAAGGAUGGAGUGACGUUGUACAAGAGAAUGCGAUCCUUACUGGCGAGGUGGAAUCAUUGAGGAGAAGAGUGAAAGCCAUGCAGGGCACCAUUGAACAACUGUCGGCUAGAAACACCGAGUUAUUGGCGGAGAAGGCGUUAGGAAACUGGGCACCGAAAGACAGUAGCCCAGAAGCUAGUGAUUGUUCACUUAGUAAAUUAGUACAGGGAUAUGUGGGCGAGAUAGAAGACCUCCGUGCUCAGUUAAUAGAAGCUAAUGCUUUGUACGAGGCGAGUCGUCGUCGCGAGCUGCAAGUGACUCGCACAAGACACGACUCCACUAACGACGCAUCCUCUAUAUUAGACGACGCUAAACGAGAACUCGAUAAGGAAAAAGAGAUACUAGCGCGCAGUAUGGGUGAGCUGGAGUUCCAAAGAAAACUAGAUAUGAGGGAGAGCAUGACGAUAGAGCGAGAUGAUAGAGAGCAGCGGCCAAUAGGAGAGCGUGAGCGCGCGGAGGGAGAAAGUGCGGACGACUCGUCGACCUCGGAUCAUGGAGAUGCAUCUGAUUCGGAUGCCGAGGACUCAGAAACUAAAGGACAAAGAGUGCUCUCAGCUCAGUUAGCCGCUCUAAGCGAAGAUAUUGACACAAAAGCACGCUUAAUAGAACAGCUGGAAGUGUCACAGCGGCGGCUGGCGGCGUUGAGGCAACACUACGAACAACGCCUGGACACUUUACAUCAUCAGAUCAAAGCCACUAGUGAUGAACGAGAUAAGGUUCUCGCUUCAAUAGCAUCCCAAGCGUCACCGCCCAGCGACAAACUAAAGCGUGUGAAGGAGGAAUAUGAACGUCGUGUGUCCACGAUGUCACGUGAACUGAGACGGCUACAGGCGGCGCAACGUGAACACACGCGCUUACAACGUUCGCAGCAGCAGACCGCAACACAACUAUUGUCGUUGCGCAACGAGCUGCAGAACAUGAAGCGAGACAAGGUUAAGUUAGUUCAAAGAAUGAGAACAGAGGCCAAACGUCACGCGCAGGCAGAAGCUGCGAGAGCCAAAGAGGUGGCACAGUUACGAAAAGAAUCGCGAAAGAACGCCAACCUUAUCAGAUCAUUGGAAGCUGAAACUAAACUCAAAGAACAGGUGUUGAAACGGAAACAAGAGGAGGUGUCACUACUGAGGCGUGGUCACAGAGACAAACUAAGUAGUCGAGCCGCUGGCAGGUUACACGAACGUAGCCGCAAGAGUCGCAUGGCGGCGUGCCGCGAGGCGUGGGCCAAGCUGGAGUGCUGGGUGUCGCGGUCGUGCGCGGCGCGCAGCACGCUGGCCGAGCUGGAGCAGCAGCUGGAGCAGCAGCUGCGGCAGCGCGACCGCGCCAUCCGCGACCCCGCGCCCGACCCCGACGCGGACCACCUGCUGCGCUACCUGCGCGCCGCCAUCGCCGACACGCAGACGCAGAUCAUGCAGAUAGAGGAGGAGAACGACGAGAACGAAUUAACUCAGUUGCUAGAGUUAGUGCAAUCAGCGGAAAUAGGUCGCUACACGUUGGAGCGGCUAGCGGCAUUAGCGCUGCAGCACGCGCAGGAUGCGGCGCGCGCGCGUGCGCUACUAACGCAAACUAACGCGCAACUCAAGGAGAUGGAAGAGAAUUCCGAACGUGCUGCGAGCGCGCUUAGAGCGGCGGGCGGUGGCGACCAGAACUUAAACGCGUGGGGAACACCGCACGCGCUCGCCGCGCUGCUCGCGCACGUGUCCUCCGGCACGUGCACGCGCGCAGUCUCCCCUGUGGACAGUUCAUUACAAGACACACAUCGAGCAUCAAACGGCGUUCGUGAAGUAGCUACCGCACCUGCAUCUCCUCCCGAUGACAAUUUUAACUCGCCUUUCCAGAGAAACACCGUUCGUCGAGGAUCAGUACGUUUGCGCGAUUUAGGUGUAUACGGACGGGAUGAAGAUCCUAUGACGCAGUCACUUGUUGAAACCGCACCACCAAGACCUGCUCCUUUGAGUCGAGUACCCAGCGCCCCGGGAAGCCUAAGGGGGCUGAGUCCAUUGGGCGGGGCUUCGUCACCAGUUUCGCCCCGACGUGUACCCGAUAGUCCGCGAUUACCAAGACGUCAUCCACCGCCCGCACCUACUAAACCAUCAUUCCUGCUGACUGAACUCUCCAUAGUCGAGGACUGACGUGCCCCAAGCCCGCCUUCUCUACGGUAACCCGUGGCCCUGACGCCGGUAGCAUUCCCACGCUAUAGCCUAGCCAAUGUAUAACGUUUGAUGGCAUAAGUAUUUGUAAAAGUCACCUGCAUAUUCACAUUGUAAAUCAGUAAUAUCCGGCUCGAAGGACCAAACUUUUAAAACAGAUGAUCCGUUUACAAAUACUCGAUUAGCCAUCAUUUCGGAAUAUUGAAAGCAUGCCUCGUAUAUAGCUUGUUAUAUGUUUAAAAGGGAUUCAAGAAUAUAGACAAAUACAAUAUAAAAAAGAUUUGCUCAGUAAAUGUUGCCAAAACCAAAUGACUUAUCAAAACGACGCUCUGAAAAAGGAGUUCCAACGAAUGUUAGUUAUAUUAGAUUAAUUAAAAAAUAUUCGCCAAAGUAGUAACGAAGUAUACAUUUAAACUAGUUAUGGCUUUAUAAAUAUUUGUAUGAAAUGUUAACUUACAUACUUUUAUUUAUUAAUUAACAACUUAAUCGGGUAACGUGUCAAUUUAUCAACUAAUAACUAAUAGUGCAGCUGAUUAGCUUAAGGAACGCAUUUUAUAUGACUUAGCUUUAAGUUGUGGUCACAAUGUAUGUAACUUUUAGCUUUAACAAGCAAUGUAUAUAGAUGUAAAGUAACUUAAGUAAUAAAUUGUUGGAAGU